CACAUGCACGUGCGCUAUGUUUUCACACCAUCGACGUCAAGGUCAACCACGUUCAACUGCAACUCACUGCAUGCAUGCACUGUGCAAGUUCUGGAUUUUGUUGUUUAAAUUUCAGCAAGAAUGACGUCGGCAAUCCUCUUCAUUGCCCUGGUGUUGGCUACCAUGCCCGGUACUCUGCUUGCUGUUCGUGGGCCAUUCCGGGCAAUGUUCCCCGCCAACCCGCCGGCAUAUGCCCGUAGGACCGGCGUGGACCCAGGCCAACCCUUAUUCCUGACCCCCUACAUUGAGAAGGGCCAAAUCAAGGAAGGUCAGGCUCUGAGUUUAGUUGGGAAGCUGAAUGGUACUAACGUCAAGAGCUACUCAGGUUUCCUGACAGUCAACAAAGAGUUCAACAGCAAUAUGUUCUUCUGGUUUUUUCCAUCCCAGUCAGGCCCAGACAGUGCCCCGCUGUUGCUAUGGUUACAAGGAGGCCCAGGGGGGACAUCCAUGUUUGGUCUGUUUGCGGAGCACGGACCAUUUUCUGUGACAAAAGAUCUAAAAUUGUUGCCACGGAAGUUCUCAUGGACCGCCAAGUACUCUGUGCUUUACAUAGACAACCCAGUUGGCACUGGCUUCAGUUUCACCGAGAACGACCAAGGCUACGCGAGAAAUGAGACGGCCGUCGCAAAAGAUCUGUACAGUGCCUUGGUCCAGUUUUUCCAACUGUUUCCAGAGUACCAGAAAAAUGCUUUCUAUGCAACCGGCGAGUCCUACGCCGGCAAGUACGUACCAGCGCUCAGUUACUUGAUUCAUGUCAAGAACCCGGCAGCCACGGUCAAGAUCAAUUUCAAGGGAAUGGCCAUCGGGGAUGGGUUCACUUCCCCUGAGAAACUGAUACCAGGCUACGGUUCCUUCAUGCUCCAGACGGGACAGGCGGACUUUCUUCAGAAGGCCAAGAUCGACAAGAUCACGGCCGACAUCGUGACUCUGAUCCAGGCCAAAGAAUGGCUGGCUGCAGCUGACGCCAUGGACUUGCUCAUCAACAGUGACGCCGAUAGCUACUUCCGAAACAUAACCGGCUGCACGGACUACUACAACUACAUGAGAACCACGAUUCCUGCUGAUCAGGAUUACUUCACCAAUUACCUAGCCUUGCCGGAGGUCCGCAAGGCCAUCCACGUCGGUAACCUGACCUUCAACAACGGAGACAAAGUCUCUCAGUUCCUGCGGGAAGACUUCAUGCAGUCCGUGGAGAAACUGGUGACCAUUCUUGCAGACGCAAACUACAAGAUUCUAUUCUACAAUGGCCAGCUGGACGUGAUCGUAGCGGCGCCGUUGACGGAAGCGUUCCUGGACCAGCUGGACUGGAAGGGCCUGCCGGAUUACGUCUUUGCCGAGAGGAAAGUCUGGAAAGUACCGGGGGAGGGGGAUGUCGCCGGAUACGCCAAGAAGGUCAUGAACUUCCAGCAGGUCUUGGUACGAGGGGGCGGGCACAUCCUCCCCUAUGACCAACCCCAUCGCAGCUUUGACAUGAUUGACAGGUUUAUCACCGGACGACCUUUUGACCUCUAGUCACAUGACUAUCAAGUCACGUGACUGGCUCCGUACCAGUUGUAUCCCAAGGUAGAAGAUGUACAUUUUAUAUAUCGUGUGUCGCAAACUUGGUUAUGCAAAGAGCACAAAGUGCGAGUUUCACAUGUUCAGGGCUUUAAAAUAAGGUAUCCUAGUCUUAGUUUUUCUGUCUAUUUGGUGUGAUAAUCAUUCCUGUGUGAGUGAAUCUUGUUCAGUAAAGGUAUUUAGGAUCAUUGCUGUUCAUGCGUUUUGUUUGUUUCCAAUAAUAACACUGCUUAAAAUCAGCAUGCUCAAUAUCUUAACCUGUUGAAGUUUCAGCUCAGUGGAUAUCGCACUUUUCGAGAAAACACUUGAAAAUUUAUGCACAACCUUUUCAUCACA